AUGUUUUUCCCGGUGAGACCUAACGCUAUUAAAAAUCGGAAGACCAAAUCCCCGUCAACAUCUGAAAGUCAGUCUCCAUCAUCAGCAAAGCGUGCGUCCCAGGGACAGCAAGGACGGACCUCCCGCACGUCAACCAAGGAAACCAAGUCCUCCGAACGCACGGCUCACUCCUCCACAUCCUCGCUUCCUCAUCGUGCCCCUCUUCGGCGCUCCUCGAUGCCUGGGCUUCCAGAUACCGCGAGUCAGGCGGAUACAGCUUCGUUCCUGGAGUCAAGGACCAGUCUACCAUACCCUACCUUCUCAAAAGCACACAGCAAAGAAGAUGUCCGCCACCGCGAUAUUCCUACUCCCGACCCGACUGACUUGACCGCCCAAAAGGAGAAUGGCCGAAGCCAGGACCGCGCAGAGCACCAUCAUGCUCCUCCCAGUCCACCCUUGACUGGUCUCGACCAAGAGUCCUCGCAGAGAGGUAGUGCCACUAGCAAGCAAGAUGAAAAAGAGGGAGAAAAGCCAAAAGUAAAGAGAGGGAGCAUCAGAAUCAGGACGACCGAGGUCAACAGGUCGUCCUCGAGUCUGCGAUCGAAGAAAGAUGACUCCACAAAGAGAGCCGACUCCACGAGGUCAAGCAAGACCACAACUCGGUCGGACACACCCAGAUCGAAGGCAUCGCGGUCCGAUAAGGAAAAUUUGUCGCCUCGUAUGACCCAUCAGCCCUCGAAGUCCAAGCUUUCUGAUGAACGGAAGCUGCCAAAGAGAUCGAGUCGCUCAACAAUGUCACCUUCGCAGUCGACGGUUCGUGAUGCCGGCACAGAAUCCAUGAACGGCUCAGAUGCCACCUCAAUCGCUCCUAAUCAACAAUAUAACCCCCCGCGCAAACUCACGUCUCCGCCUGCAAAGCCCCCCUCUCGCAAUCAGACUCGGUCGGCCGCAUCGCACCGCCAUACACCGAGUGACGAUUCAAUCGACUACGGAAGGCCUAUGAUGCCGGGCCCCGGUUACGGUGCGCCUCCUCCGCCGCCGCCGCCCCCGCAAAUGCCCAUUACCGUUCCAAGAGUUGAUUAUCUCCUCCAACACGGUGGCUUAGAUCAUCGAGUCCCACGGACAUUGCUUCCUGUGCCAGCUGCUUCGGAUCCAUUCGCUCAUUCAGCUGCACAGCCUCAGCGAGCAGCUGCCGAUGUCUUCGAGCCUUUCAGCCGGUUACUUGAUGACUACCAGAAAGUGAUGAGCAAGAACGGCUCACUCGCGGUGGCUACCGGAUAUCGCUCUGUUGCACGUCGAUUGCUCGACCGUCUUGAGGCUGUUUUUGCGCGUGAUAUUUCCUCAGAGCCUUGUAAUUGCACAAUGUGCGACCACAACGACACUGAAGAACGUCCUGAGGGUGUCAGUUGGGGAGAAGUGCUCGAAUUAGUAUCCGGUCGUCGCGAACUGCCCAUGUGGCCUCCAUUCACGAUGGCUGCUUCAAAUGUGGACGCUGAAAUUCCCGACGAAGAGCAUAUUCCUAUGCAAAAACUCGACGUCGAUGUUCCCGAAGAGUAUCGCGAUCAUUUCAUUCGCCAGUCUCGCAAAACCAAAGUCGCAGUAGAUAAAUGGUUAUCCGAGCAGACAGAUUCUGCGAGCAGUGCCCCCGAGGAAGUAGACGACGAGACUUUGACUUUCGCAAUGCUGACUUACCUUGAGCCUCAUCAGCGCUCGGUAUUUUGCGCGCUACUAGGUAUCAAUUCCUCGACUCCCGUGCCACGAUCCGACGAUGAGAAGCCGCGACAUCGACCGUCUCCCUUAGUCUCUUCGUCCCAGGCUAUACAACGCCUCUACCGCCUCCGCACUCUGCCCCGUGAUCCAGAGACGGCCAUGUUCAUGCUGAAUCAUCCAGAUUUACACCAUGUGUUGGCAACUCUUGCAGCUAUCACGGAUGAUGAGUGGGAAAUACUGAUCUCUGGUCGAUUCGAUGGGUUUUUGCGCAGCGGUAUAGAGGACCCCGUUUCUUCUCCCAAUCCGCGCUGGAGUGGCAGUCGCUCAAACACCCCCUUCAGCGGUGCUGGGGUCUCACGAGGCCCCACACCUAAUUAUAUGGAUGGCAGCUUCCGACCAGCAAGUCAGGCGACCGGAGGGCCUUCAUCUCCAGCUUCAUUCGGAGGCCCGAUCGCAUUGGAUGAAGAGACGGAGAUUGCCGCUCUUGCUGAGAUUGAAAGAGAUAUAUUCCGCGGCAUGGAAGCACUUGAAGAUGCGUUUGAAGCGCUCCACCUUAAGGCGGAAGUUGUUCGUCUGGCACUACGGGAACGAGGCGCCGGUCUAUCUGUUGCCAACCAGAAUCGUCGCGGUUCCUACGUCGAGGCCCGACUUGGGACCCCAGCGUCGGGUGUUCAUGCCUGGGAGAGCGGCACGGAAGAUGACUUUUUAGACGACGAUCGCUCUCUGGCCCCGGAUGACUCUGCCAGCAACAUUAGCUCGAACCGUCGCCGCCGGCCCAAACGACGCACCGAACGUCGAACUCCAGCGCCGGUGGAAGAGGAAGAGGAAGAUGAGGACCUGGCGCAGGUUCACCGUCGCGAAAGUCGGAACUCGCGUCGCCGCUAG